GAUAAGGCUGUUGCCAUGGUGAUGAAGGAGAUUCCGAGGGAGGAGUCUGCAGAAGAAAAGCCCCUCCUUACUAUGACAUCACAGGGGUGCAGAAGCCAAAAGGAAGCAGAAACAAGUGAAAAACUGGUGAAUGAGCAACAAGAAAGCAGACCCCUUCUGAGCCCCUCCAUUGAUGACUUUCUCUGUGAAACUAAACCAGAAGCUGUUGCAAGGCCUGUAACUUCAAAUACUGCAGUAUUAUCAACAGGUCUGGAUCUCUUGGAUCUCAGUGAACCUGUCUCACAAACCCAAAACAAAGCAAAGAAAUCAGAAAAUCCAUCAAGAAGUGAAGGCUUAAAAGCUUCAACCCACAGAAAGAAGACAGACAAUUCUGACCUUAUCAGUGUGGAUACUGAACAGAAAGUCCAGGCUGUCAGAGUUUCAGACAAAUCUUCACUAGAUUUAGUUGAUAUUCAGACACAGAUAGAGAAAUGGGAUGAUGUCAGUUUUCAUGGAGACAGGAGUAGCAAAGUCCAGCCUUCUUCUGAGCGAACAUCAUCAUCAUCUAGGGCUCCAUCAAAAGAGCUUUUAUGGUCCACAGAAAGCAGAUCACAGCCUGAGCUGGCUAAUGUUAAGAAUGCGUUGGACUCAGAUUCAACAUCAGAAUUAGAGCUUGCACCUGCAACACAGGCACGAUUAACUAAGGAGCAGCGCUGGGGAGGACCUCUGCUCUCCAGAAAUCACUCCUUGGAGGAGGAAUUUGAAAGAGCAAAGGCAGCUGUUGAGUCAGACACGGAGUUUUGGGAUAAAAUGCAAGCAGAAUGGGAAGAAAUGGCUCGCAGGAACUGGAUUUCAGAGAACCAGGAAGCACCAGGGCAAGUCACCAUCUCAACCAUUGAGAAGGGUUAUUAUUUCCAUACUGAAAAUCCCUUCAAAGACUGGCCUGGUGCUUUUGAGGAAGGACUGAAAAAAAUGAAAGAAGGUGACCUGCCAGUUACAAUCUUAUACCUGGAGGCUGCUAUUCUGCAAGAACCCAACGAUGCAGAGGCCUGGCAGUUCCUGGGCAUAACACAGGCAGAGAAUGAAAAUGAGCAGGCAGCCAUUGUCGCCCUCCAAAGGUGCUUAGAACUACAGCCAAACAACUUAAAAGCUCUGAUGGCCCUGGCUGUAAGUUAUACAAACACUGGUCAUCAACAAGAAGCCUAUCAAGCCCUAAGAAACUGGAUAAAGCAAAAUCCAAAAUACAAGUAUAUAGCAAAAAGCAAAAAAGGUUCCCCAGCACUUACCAGGAGGAUGUCUAAGACAUCAGAUGAAAGCUCAUUACUUGAAGAAGUAAAAGAUUUGUACCUGGAGGCAGCUCACCAGAAUGGUGAUAUGAUAGACCCUGACUUGCAGACGGGACUUGGAGUUCUUUUCCACCUGAAUGGAGAAUUUAAUAGAGCAAUAGAUGCAUUUAGUGCUGCUUUAACUGUUCGGCCAGAGGACUAUACAUUAUGGAACCGUCUUGGAGCAACCUUGGCAAAUGGGGAUCGAAGCGAAGAAGCUGUCGAGGCCUAUACACGUGCUUUAGAAAUACAACCUGGCUUCAUUAGAUCCAGAUACAAUUUAGGGAUAAGUUGCAUCAACCUAGGGGCCUACAGAGAGGCUGUCAGCAAUUUUCUCACUGCUCUCAGUUUGCAGAGAAAAAGCAGGAAUCAGCAACAGGUUCCCCAUCCUGCUCUAUCAGGCAAUAUUUGGGCAGCACUUCGAAUUGCUCUGUCUAUGAUGGACCAGCCAGAACUAUUUCAAGCUGCCAAUGUGGGUGAUCUAGACAUUCUGUUAAGAGCCUUUAAUCUAGAGCCGUAA